AUGUCUUACGAAACACGACUUUUUAUUGACGGGCAGUACGUCGACGCAUCGUCGCCUGAGAGGCUCAGUGUCCGCAACCCCGACAACGACGAUCUGGUCACGGAUCAGAUACAGGUGGCCACUCAACAGGAUGUUGACAACGCAGUUGCAGCUGCUAAGAAAGCUUUCCCAAAAUGGAGAAUGACUGCUUCGACAACACGACGCAACAUGAUGCUCAAGUUCGCAGAUAUCCUCGAGGCAGAGAGUGAAGAGCUAGGCAGGCUGGAGUCUAUCUGCAUGGGUCAACCCAUGACACUCGCAAAAGCCUUCGUACAAGGAGCUGUGGAAUAUUGGCGGUACUAUGCGGGCUUCUGUGGCAAGGUAGCCGGCGAGAGCUUCCCACCAGACGAAGAUGGCACCUACAAGAUCGUGCAAUACGAGCCCCUCGGUGUCUGCGCUGGUAUCAACGCAUGGAACGGCACACAUAUUCUCGCAGCGUGGAAGAUGGCACCUGCGUUGGCUACAGGCAACACGUUUGUCAUCAAGGCCUCUGAGAAAUCUCCUCUGGCCCUUGCAAGGUAUGGCGAACUCCUCACCAAAGCAGGAAUCCCUGCAGGAGUCGUCAACAUCGUGUCUGGUGGUGGUGCCGUGGGAGCAAUGCUGGCUUCCCACACGGACGUAUCAAAGAUUGCCUUCACUGGUUCGGCACCCGCUGGUCGUGCUGUAGCCGUUGCUGCAGCGAAGUCCAACUUCAAGAAAGUGUCUCUCGAACUUGGCGGAAAGUCACCGGCCCUCGUAUUCGAUGAUGCAGACCUAGAGAACGCCGUGCAGCAGAACUCUGUGAACUUCCUGAUGAACAGCGGCCAAGUCUGCUUUGCUGCUACCCGCGUCUUGGUACAGGAAAACAUCGCUCCCAAGUUCAUUGAAGCUAUUAAGGGUGCCUUUGAAAAGGCGGGCGAGUCGAUGGGCGACCCUUCGAAAUCCGAGACAGUCUUCGGACCCCUAGCUGAUCAAGCACAAUUCGACCGGGUCAUGGGAAUGCUGGACGACGCUCGAGCGAACGGAGUGGAAUAUUUGACAGGAGGUAUCCGCAAAGGCAAGAAGGGAUCCUAUGUGGAACCGACAGUGAUUCUCAACCCCGACGUCAAUGCGAAAGUGUUCACCGACGAGAUUUUCGGGCCCGUCAUAGCAUUGAAGACAUUCAAGACCGAGGAAGAGGGCAUUGCCCUGGCCAACAACACAAGCUAUGGUUUGGGAUCCACAAUCUUCACUACCGAUGCCGCACGCGCCCUCCGUGUUGCAGGACAGAUCGAGGCUGGAACUGUUGGUAUCAACAGCGCUUUCACGACCAGCACAGCAACGCCUUUCGGCGGAUUCAAGCAAUCUGGUUAUGGACGAGAAUCGGGUGCUGCAGGUCUCAAGGAGUAUCUGCAACCAAAGACAAUCCACAUCAAGAUGUGA